CGCUGCCGGAGCUGGAGAAAGCGAGAAGUUGUGCAAAAGGGACCGUGGUGGCUGCUGCCGCUCACGGAGCCUCGCAGGUGGCGCAGCUUCAGGAGCGCGCUGUAACUUGCCCGCGGCUCUGCAGGCAUCGGCGUCCGAUCGCGCCGGGAUCUGGAAGGCGACCUGAGCUCUUCGGAGCGCCCGCGCUCCGGGGAUACCGCGGACGGCUUAAAGCCGCCGCCUCUUGAGUGGCGUUUGGGAUCCUUAGCCAUCUUGACACGGCGCGGCGAGGGGAAAGUUGAGGCGAGCCAGAAGGAGCAGUCGUUGCGGCGCCGAGUCCCUCGUCGCGUCAAAGCCGAGAGGAAGAGAUGGGCGCGGGACGGCUCGAAGCGGACUGAGCCGCGCGCGCGAGAAGGAGCCGCCAAGAGAGCUCGCCGGAGCCGCCGCUCCUCUCCGUCUCCCUCCCGGUCCGGAGAGGGCCGACUCGCUUCGAGGACAGGAGGCAGCGCUCUGGAGGCGAGCGGGGCAGCUGGAGCUUGGAGAGGUGGCGGCAGGAGCAGCGGCGUAUCCCGGCGUGGAGCUCGUAUUGGCGGGGCUGGUGGCAUUGGGAGGCGGCGGCGGCGGCGGCAGAGAAGCGUGGCUGGCUCUUUCUCUGCCGGAGGAGUCCGCCGAGACGUGCCGCCGCCUGGGCUGCGGCGGUUGCUCCUCCUCCCCAAGCAUGGAGCGGAGCUACCUGUGGGCCAUCGCUCUCCUCCCGCUCUUCCUGCCUGCUUGGUCCCCGCAGCAGCGCUCUAACUGCGCCGCCUCGGCCGCUUCUGCUGGCGCCGCCGCCGCCUCGUCGUCUGCCUCGUCGUCGUCGUCUUCUUCGGCGGCGUCCGCCUCCGCCUCGUCGGCCAAGGAGCUCUCCUGCCAGGAGAUCACGGUGCCGCUGUGCAAAGGCAUCGGCUACAACUACACCUACAUGCCCAACCAGUUCAACCACGACACGCAGGACGAGGCGGGGCUGGAGGUGCACCAGUUCUGGCCUCUGGUGGAGAUCCAGUGCUCGGCGGACCUGCGCUUCUUCCUGUGCAGCAUGUACACGCCCAUCUGCCUGGAGGACUACAAGAAGCCGCUGCCGCCCUGCCGCAGCGUCUGCGAGCGGGCCAAGGCCGGCUGCGCGCCCCUCAUGCGCCAGUACGGCUUCGCCUGGCCCGACCGCAUGCGCUGCGACCGCCUGCCCGAGCAAGGCAACCCGGACACACUUUGCAUGGACUACAACCGCACGGAUCUCACCACGGCCGCGCCGCCGCCGCCGCAGCAGCCCAAGCCCCCGCACCGCAAGCCCGGAGGAGCCGGAGCCGCUUGGAGCCCCGGCGCUGCUGUGCCGCCGCCGCCACCACCGCCGGCCGAGCCUCCCCUGCGCAAGGCCCGCCCGCCGGCCCCCUGCGAGCCGGGGUGCCAGUGCCGGGCGCCGAUGGUGUCGGUCUCCAGCGAGCGCCACCCGCUCUACAACCGGGUCAAGACAGGCCACAUUGCCAACUGCGCCCUCCCCUGCCAUAACCCUUACUUUAGCCCGGACGAGCGGGCCUUCACCGCCUUCUGGAUCGGCCUGUGGUCCAUUCUUUGCUUCAUCUCCACCUUCGCCACUGUCUCCACUUUCCUUAUCGACAUGGAGCGCUUCAAGUAUCCGGAGAGGCCCAUCAUCUUCCUGGCUGCCUGCUACCUCUUCGUCUCCUUGGGCUACCUGGUGCGCCUGGUGGCCGGCCAUGAGAAAGUGGCUUGCAGCGGCGGGGCAGCUGCAGGAGCAGUGCCGGCCGGCACCGCCGGGGGCGCCGCAGGAGCAGCUGUGGGAGGGCGUGGGGCAGCAGGGGGUGCCGCUGAGCUUCAGCCAGAACUAGCUGUGGCUGAGCACGUGCGCUAUGAGAGCACUGGCCCUGCCCUGUGCACCGUGGUCUUCUUGUUGGUCUACUUCUUCGGUAUGGCCAGCUCCAUCUGGUGGGUCAUCCUGUCGCUCACCUGGUUUCUUGCGGCUGGCAUGAAAUGGGGCAACGAAGCCAUUGCGGGCUAUGCGCAGUACUUCCACCUGGCCGCUUGGUUGGUGCCCAGUGUCAAGUCCAUUGCUGUGCUGGCACUCAGUUCAGUAGACGGGGACCCCGUGGCGGGCAUCUGCUAUGUGGGCAACCAGAGCCUGGAGAACUUGCGUGGCUUUGUGCUGGCCCCCUUGCUCAUCUACCUGGCCAUCGGGUCCAUGUUCUUGCUGGCCGGCUUUGUCUCGCUUUUCCGCAUCCGGAGUGUCAUCAAGCAGCAAGGGGGCCCCACCAAGACGCACAAGCUGGAGAAGCUCAUGAUCCGCCUGGGCCUUUUCACAGUCCUCUACACAGUGCCGGCGGCCAGCGUGGUCGCCUGCCUUUUCUACGAACAGCACAACCGCCCCCGCUGGGAGGCCACUCACAACUGCCCCUGCCUACGGGACCAGCAGCCCGAUCAGGCUCGCCGCCCAGACUAUGCGGUCUUUAUGCUCAAGUACUUUAUGUGCCUCGUGGUGGGCAUUACGUCUGGAGUGUGGGUCUGGUCUGGGAAGACUCUGGAGUCCUGGAAGGCCCUCUGCACCCGUUGCUGCUGGGCCAGCAAGGGGACUGCCGCUGCAGUGGCGGCUGGGAGCGUUGGAACUGGGGGCGGUGGUGGGGCCCUGGUGACUGCUGCUGCGGUGGGGGGGCUGGGAGGUGGGGCGGGGUCCAUGUACAGUGACGUCAGCACUGGUUUGACAUGGAGGUCGGGCACCGCCAGCUCAGUUUCGUACCCGAAACAAAUGCCCUUGUCCCAGGUGUAAAAGGGGUAGUUUGGGGAGUGCAGCUAACUAUAUUAUCCACUCCCCGUCAUUCCUGAGCUUCCUAAGAGCCUCCCCACGUGCAGAACAAUACAACUGCUAGAGGCUGUCAAGUGCCAGACCAGCUCCUUGGCCCCCUUUCCUUACUCUUUUGUCUUUUAUUCACACACAAGGAGCUCCAUACUUUUAAGGUACCAGCUUUCCUUGGUGAUGGAGGGAGUGGAAGCCAAAAAGAACUUUCUGAAGCUGCUCCUUGGACUAGCAGGAGCUCCUCUUUUGUAUGGAGCUCCCCUGCUUGCUCUUCCUUUUACCUUCAAACUGAAAAAGACGACAUCCAAAAUAUGUAUGGAUGUCUGAUAGGACUGCAGGGUUUGGGAGACUUUUUAAAAAUUAGUUUCUUUUUUAAAAAAAAAACCUGGCAGAUGCCUUAAACACAAGCUGUGUCUUAAUUAUACACCCCAAAUAAAUACGGGUUUCUUAUGUUAAAGGAUGUAUUUAUAUAAUUAUUUGGUACCUUGUACAAAAUGUGUAAAAUAUGUAUAUAAUCCAAAUGCUAUACAGUCUGUAAAUUUUUUUUGUAAAAAAAAAAAAGUUUAGAGGCUUACCACCACCGCUCCCUCUUAAGAGCAAAUAUUUGAGUAUUCUAUUUUGCCAAUAAAAUAAUGAUAAAUGA